AUGAUCGAAAAUCAAAAUUCGAAAGAUGAAGGUGAAACUCACCGGAAGAAGCAUUUGAAUAGACAAAAGGACUACUGUAUUAUAAACAUGGGAACGCCUCAGAUUGGCGGGACACAUUGCUUAGCAGUCUCAAACAAACAUAAGACUUACUUUGAUUCCCUCGGCUUGCCAAGACCACGUGUGAUACCAAAAGAUUAUUCCUGUCGCAAACCAACUCCUAAAUCAAAGCCAGAAGUCAUUGUUGAGUCAAAACUUACUUUGGAUGACCUAAAUCGUAUUACCAAGAAUACUUCUCUAGCCAAGGAUUUUGUGGAAAUACCAAGUCUAGAACAGUUGCUGGCUAAGUACCACGGAUUAUCGUUCGAGUGUAUCUGUCGAUGUCGAUUUCAAUUAGGCAUCACUGAGAAGGGUAUCAAAUUUGUUGAAGAAGAUAAGAAAGCGCUAGUUCCAGAUUGUAUCUACGAGUGUGAAAAUGGACCAAAGGUCAAGAAAAUCUCUGGAAAGCCUCCUCGUGGUGCAACAACAGGCCGAUUGGUUCUGGGCGUUAGCGCAGCAUCAAACACAUCAGCUGCAGGAAUUUGCACGAACGGAUUAUUUCCAGUGAUCCAAGGAGUUAGCAUUGGGACGGGCAUUGGCACGAGAGGCAAUUCUCGACGCUGA